CCUUCCAAAGCCCCAAGUUUAAAAGCUCCUUUCUCCCGGAGAAGAAGAAGAGAAUCAUCAUUCCUUUCAUUUCAUUUCAUUUCAUUGUGCAACACCAACCCAACCCAGAGACUCCUCAGAGUAAUCGAGCCGGCCAUCUUGUUUCGUUCCAUGGCGUCUCUGCUUCUCAAGGGCGUGCACAAGCGUCUGGGCCUGCCCACUAUCUCCAUCUCCUGCUCCUCCGCCGACGCCACCAACAUCAUCGCCUCCACCGGCACCGGCGCCGUCGUUGGCAGCAGCGGCCGGGCCAUCGACCGCCACUCGCCGCGGCUGCGCGACCCACACCGCUCCUCCACCUCCAAGCCGCCCAGACCAAGCACCAGCACCAAAGACUCGGUGUCCUCAGAGGACCCCAAGCAGCAGCAGCAGCAGCACGGCAGCAAGAAGAAGAAGAAGAGCACCACGGCUGGUGCUGCUGCAGAUGGGAGAAGGUCUUCGGAGAAGAGGCUGGUCAGCCCGGCCACCUCCUCCAGGUUCCUCCUCAACUCCUCCCGCCUGCAGUCCGACGACCUCGACGUCCUCGCGCUGCCCCCGCCUCCGCCGCCGUCCUUCAUAGACGCGUUGCCCGUCGGCGAAGGGAAGCCGAAGCCGCCGUCCUUCAUCGACGCCUCCCUGCCGGUUCCCUCUGCCAAGGACGCGCCGCCGUCGACUGUGCACCAAGCAGAGUCCUCGUCGUCAGGGACGUCCUCCUCUGCUUCGUCGUCGUCGGAGAUCACGGCCGUCCAAGACCCGGAGCAGCACAAGGCGGCGGCGCUGGCGCGGUCGUCCUCGACGGCGGCGGCGAGGACGACGCAGGUGGUGGUGCUGCGCGUGUCGCUGCACUGCAAGGGGUGCGCGGGCAAGGUGAAGAAGCACAUCGCCAAGAUGGAGGGCGUGACGUCGUUCGACAUCGACAUCCCGAGCAAGAAGGUGACGGUGGUCGGCGACGUGACGCCGCUGGGGGUGCUCACCAGCGUCUCCAAGGUGAAGCCCGCGCAGUUCUGGCCGUCGCAGCCGUGCCCCCCGCAUGCCUCCGCUUCCUUCUGAACGCGCCAACCUGUGAUCUCUGCUCUCUCUGAAUCACAAGAAGAUACGGGGUCGUAGCUGGUCGAGUGGUCUUCCAUGGUGGAUCACUCCAUAUCUCCAUAUUUCUUUCCUUUUUUUUUUCUUGAAAGAAACGGUAUUGAAGCUCCUCCAUAUCUCAAUGCCUGUAUUCUGAAUUGAGAUAUACUCAUCCUACAGUUUCUGUAGUACAAAAUGGAGUAAUAAUCAGGGCCGUACAAAAUGGAGUAAUACUCAUCCUACAGUUUCUGUUCA